UUUUCCUUUCCAAGUUGGCUGGUGGCGGCAAAACCCUAGCCUAGUAUUUUUCAUAAACCCUGAACCCUAGAAGGAGUGGAGAGAAAGAGGGAGAGGAGAGAAAAUUUUAAAAACCCCAACAUCCCAAACCCUAACGGGGAAUUUGAAAGCACGAUGAGGCCACUGGACGAGAACGAGACCACGGCAGUAUUCGAGAAGCUCUUCAAAUUCACGGGCAACAAUCUCAAGAACAUCGUCGAAAACCCAUCAUACGAAGGCCCUGAUCCUAACGCUGGCAGAUACUGUUUUCGUCUCCAGAAGAACCGAGUUUACUACGUGAGCGAGUCGAUGGUCAAGCGAGCCACCAACAUUGGCCGAGCCCAGCUGGUCUCGCUUGGCACGUGCAUCGGCAAGUUCACCAAGGGCGGUAAGUUUCAUCUCACCGUCCAGUCGGUGAAUCUAUUAGCCGCAAAUGCCAAGCACAAGGUCUGGCUUAAACCCACAUCGGAAAUGUCGUUUUUAUACGGAAAUCAUGUUUUGAAAGGUGGGUUGGGGAGGAUUACGGAGAACAUUGUGGCGGGUGAUGGGGUUGUGGUGUUUUCCAUGUCGGAUGUGCCUUUGGGGUUCGGGAUUGCGGCAAAGUCGACUCAGGAUUGUAGGAAGUUGGACCCCAAUGGGAUUGUUGUGCUCCAUCAGUCGGAUAUCGGGGAGUAUUUGAGAAUGGAGGAUGAACUUUGAGGGGUUGCAUGGAUUGUUUCUGGGGAUUUUGGGGGUGUUCAAUCAAGAAACAUAUGGAGGAGAGGGAAAUAUUUUUCUGAAGGAAAGCAAAUACAAUGGGAAAACAAUCAUUUUGCAGUCUGGCUUCUAAAUAACGAGGCACCUGGGAGCCAAUGUUGUGGCAUUGUCAGCAUGAAGAUGGUAGGAUAUGUAAAGAUAUGAGUAUAUACAUAGUAAAAAGUUCAAUGAAAGUGUGCACUUUAAAAGUACAUAUUCUUGGGUUUGAACUUUGACGUGAGGAAGAGAAUAUGGUUAUUCGAAGUGGAACUUCAUGGAAUAUGGAGUAGAAAGGAAGAUAAGAGAAGCAAGUAGAAGAUUGGGAUUGAUACCUGGGAUAAGAGAAGCAAGGAGAACAAGAAUAUUUUAUCAGUGGGGAACCAAAUAGAGGAGCAGAGUAGGAGACGGAUAUUGGAGGAUGUGAUUGCUGGGUGAGUUAGAGAGAAGGGGACAUAGUUGUUGUUCCUUGUACAAGAAUGUUGUUAAGCAUUCAAUCACUGAUUACAUGCUUCUUGUGGGUUA